CGGAGUGGAGGCCACAGUGGCUCGACAACCACCGCCGUGUCGCCAGUCAGUCAGUCUGCAGCCGCAGCCCCUGGAAGAGCGCGCCGCUUGCAGACACCUGCCGGCUCCUCCAGAAAAUGCCCAGUAUGAAGAACAAAUAUAAUGUCACACCGGAGACAGUGGAACUGGGCAACGUCAACCCAGCAUACGUCAGCGACAAUGCGGAAACCAAUGGACGCAAAUUGUCAGUUGCCUCUGACAAUUCAGCCAAGGUAGGGGAGCCUCCGGUGACCGGACCUGAGACGACAGAGGGCGACGAAUCGGAGCGCGCUCAGUGGUCCAAUGGCGUAGAGUUCCUCAUGUCGUGCAUCGCCAUGUCCGUCGGCCUGGGCAACGUGUGGCGCUUCCCGUACACAGCCUACAAGAACGGCGGCGGCGCCUUCCUCAUCCCCUACAUCAUCGUGCUGCUCGUCAUCGGCAAACCGCUCUACUACAUGGAGAUGGCCAUGGGACAGUUCUCUAGCUACGGCCCUAUCAAGGUGUGGAACAUGGCACCAGCGCUCACCGGCCUGGGCUUCGGCCAGUUCCUGGCGACGGCUCUGCUGCUGACGUACUACUGCGCCAUCAUGGCGCUCACCGUCUACUACUUUGUGGCGUCGUUCCACGCGGAGCUGCCCUGGGCCCACUGUUACCCCGAGCUGGGCGAGCUCUGCUUCGACUCCGCCGGCCCGCACGACAACGCCACCAACAUCACGGGACGCCUCAGCUCCUCCACACUCUACCUGCAGCGGCUGCUGAACGAGGUGUCGACGCUGGACGAGGGCAUCGGCGCGCCCGACUGGCGACUGACGCUGUGCCUGCUCUUCUCGUGGGUGGUCGUCUUCCUGGUGGUGGUGCGCGGCGUCAAGAGCUCCGGCAAGGCGGCCUACUUCCUGGCGCUCUUCCCCUACGUCGUGCUCUUCGCCCUCCUCAUCCGCGGCGUCACACUGCCUGGCGCCGGCGAGGGCAUCCUCUACUUCAUCAGGCCGCAGUGGGAACUGCUUCUCACUCCAGAGGUUUGGUAUGAAGCAGUCACUCAAGCAUUCUUUUCACUAGGUGUAUCAUUUGGAACACUUAUCAUGUAUUCCUCAUAUAAUGGCUUUAGCCAUAACAUUCAUAGGGAUGCAAUAAUUGUAACAACAAUGGACACCUUCACAAGUCUCCUAGCAGGUUGUACAAUUUUUGCAAUACUUGGAAAUUUGAAAUAUGAAACAAAUGCAUCUGAUAUUGAUGCAGUUGCAAAAAAGGGGGCAGAACUUGCCUUUGUGUCUUACCCAGAAGCGAUUGCUAAGUUUGAUUUUGUUCCCCAGUUAUUCUCUGUACUUUUUUUCCUGAUGUUAUUUACACUGGGGAUUGGAAGCGCAGUGGCUCUGGAGGCUGCAGUCAUGACCAUUAUAUGCGACCAGUUUCCAAAGAUCAAACAUUGGAUUAUAGCACUGGUCACAUGCAGUCUUGGCUUCCUCGCUGGACUUGUAUACAUCACACCAGGUGGUCAAUGGAUUUUAACUUUAGUGGAUUUCUAUGGUGUACAGUUUGUUGUGUUCAUUUUAGCAACAAUUGAAAUGAUAGCCAUAGCAUGGAUAUAUGGUGUUGACAAUUUCUGCCAAGAUAUAGAAUUUAUGCUUAAUCUGAAGGUCAGCUUCUACUGGAGAAUAUGCUGGGGUUUUGUUACACCAGUCAUGCUAUUUGUCAUCUUACUGUACACUCUAAUAAAUAUGGAAUCUCCUCAGUACCAUGACAUGGACUUCCCUGCAAGUGCAUAUGGUGCUGGUUGGGCAAUAUUUCUAUUUGCUGUGCUCCAGGUUCCUUUCUCAGUUGCUUACCAAUUUGUAAAAAAUCGUCAUCUCCCAUUUAAACAGAUGAUAGUGAAGUCAUUCACUCCAUCCACUGAAUGGGGCCCAAGAAAAGCUAAGGAACUGGAGGAAUGGAAAAAAUUCAAAGCAAAUCGGCUGCAAGAAAAUGAGCUAAGCAAUGACAGUUUCUGGAAAAAAUUACUUCACAAACUAACAGGUUGCAGAAGUUCCUCUGAUAACAAUAUGUGAACUCUUUCUUGUCUGCAUGGAGCAAACAACUGUCCUGUGUGCCGCAUACACAGUCAUUAAGUUCAAUGAUAAAAAUGCUCCAAGACGUCACUGUUAUAAGAUCUACAUUAGUUUUGAUUGCAAGGUUUUAGCACAAUGGAAAUGGCAAACCUGUAAAAACUGUGAAGAGCUUAAAAAGUACAAAUGACUAUUAUCAGCUUCUAAGAAGCUUAAGCCUACUGACACAAAGCUGUGUUGACUUAAAUAAUUUCAUAUGUUUUAUCUAAAACAAAUAUAGCUCCUGAUUUACAUAAUCAGCAAAUACAGUCUAUGUAAUACACAAAUUAAACAACACAUUGAAGCAGUUGGUGUAAAAUAAUUUAAUCAUCUGUAAUAUUAAGUUCCUUCUCUAAGGAAAAUUAAUUGCUACUUGUGGCUUUGUGCUGAACACAUCUUGUCUCUCCUACAACUGAACGAGAAAAAAAUAUAUCCCUAAAUAUCAGUACUUUAUUUUGUGCAUUGGGAUCUGUUGCAUGACAAGUGUGUUUUUUCUCAUGUCAGUAAUAAGGAAACCUUUUUUUUAAAUUUAAACCUAAUAACACUGUGAUAUUAGCUUCAAACAUCUACCUAGUUUCACAAAGUUAUUUUUUGUGGAGUGGAAUGUAUGAGCAUUUCAGAAUUUUUUUUAUAAAAAUCAAACCAUGCUGAAACAGACAUGUAUAGAAAACUGCGGAACAAAUAACAACAAUGAAUUUUAAUUUAUGAUGAUAGAAACGUUAAAUUAUUUAUAUUAGUUAAGACUCAUCUCAAACAGAGUAGCAUAUGUACAUUGGAUUAUUUUUAUGAAAAUACAUUUAUUUAUUAUUCCUAUUGUUAUUUUUAGUUAUAAAUGCUCAAUGUCAACAGGCUGUGGUAUUACUUAAAGUAAAAUAGAAAACAGCUGAACUGAAAGCAGCACAUUAACUAAUGAAAUGAGUGGUUGAAAAUGAAUCCGUAUGUAAAGUAAGUGUAUCACUCUCACUUUCAUUGGCAUUCAAGAGUGUAUGUACAGACUAGAAAUGUAAUGACUGUGCCAUGUGACAUUUUUGUUGUACCUCACUUGCAUUCUGGUUGAUAGAACAGAUGUUGGUCUAGCAGUGCUAAAGAUACACUGAGCCAUGCAAAUUAAAUUCAUCCUGUAACUUUUUUGGCAGUUUGUUAGUAUAGUAUGUUCCAACAAGAGUAUUUCUAAAAUAUAAGUGCUUGUUAGUAGCCCAUACCACUUUAUGAAUACAGGUAAACACAUGAGCAGUUGCUAUGUAGUGUACAAUCUUUAUAGAGGCUGUACACACAGAUGAAUAAAGGAAAAUAAUUUCAGAUCAUUUUUCAAUAUUAGAAAUAACAAAACAGUAUCAAACAUUUAUUUAACUGUAACAGAAAGUACACAGUCUCAGGAUGACAUUGAUUGUUAGUAAUUGGAACUAAAUGGCUGUUUACACAUAUCACUUUUCAAUCAAAACAGAUUGUACACCACAUUUAUAUAAUAGACACAGUGCAAGAGAAAAUUAUAUUGUUCCAUUCAACUGUUUAGUCAUAUAUAUCUUAACUUCCAUGUCUCUACAAUUUAUUUGUUAUUCUUUGGGAAAAAUUACAAUGAUGUUAUACAAAUUUCAUAAUUACAGAUGCUAACUAUUGGUCAAUACUUCACAUUAGUAAAAUGUUUCUUUAUAAUCAUUAGGAAAGCAUGAUGCUCAGUACACUAAAUAAAUAACUUCUUCACAAGUUUUAUUUUUCUCAGUAAAUCUGAUAGUUGUAAAAGACAAAAUUGCUCCCUUGCUGGAUUUGUUUGAGCUUUGUAGACAUUACAGAACUUUGAUGAGCAGAAACUGUCGAGAUGAGUACUCAAAAGGUGUAGAAUGUGAUCUGGUUGAAAGAAAAUAAUUCAGGAGUAAAGAUGACCACUCAUAGAAAAGCAAAAGCAUUGAGUUGUUGACAGGCACACAAAAGAGAAAGAAAAGUCGAUAACUUUCAGAAUCAAUCCUUUCUUAAGGUAGAGUACAAAUACACAGAAUGUGAUAUUUUUUUAGCCAUUUUCAGAUUUUUGUACCCUCGUCAAUAGCUGCACACUCUUUUAUUUUAUACAAUCCAACAAAAGCAACCCUAUUAUAGUUCUGAAGUUACUUUGUCGUAAGAAAUAUUGUAAAAUUUAAUGCCUUCUGUUACUCAUUUUCUGUGAAGCCCAUAUUCCAUCCAAAUUUCAUUUCUAAAAAUUCCACGUUGAAGGUAUGGAGAAAUAAACACAAACUCAAAACCAUUUAAGUUACUAGGUUCUCCAGUUUUCACUCUCACAGUUAUAAAUCAGUACAUAGAAUAAAAACAUUCAAGCCAUUCAUGAAACAGAAUGUGCUAUUUGUAAACUAAGAUAUUAUAUGUCGUAUCAUUAAGUGACAGAAGUUGUUCAUAAGAUGUCAAAAAUAUGUAUAAAUUUAUUUCUUGUAUGUAUUAUUUAAGUUAUAAAUAUAAAUAAAAUGGCUUCUACUCACAGUC